GAUACCUUCAAAUGGUUACCAAUUUCCGCCGCGUCUUGAAGACUACUGAUGCAGUCGCUCCUGAGGACGGCGUGUUUGAAGUGCGCGUCACCUCUAUGGGCCGCGUCAAUGCUUUCGUUGAAGAUGUCGUUAGCCAUCUGGUUGGAUCUGAGAAGUAUGCCCCCUCCAAGGAGAUUAGAAUAAUGGCUAGAGGGACUGCCAUUUCCAAGGCUGUGAUCGUCUCGGAGAUCUUGAGCCGUCGAGUACCUUCACUUUCACAAGAGGUUGAGCUUGGUUCGAGCGAUGUUGAAGACGUUUUCGAGCCCGUAGGUGAGCACGAUGAUGAUACUGGCAACGUGACGCGAGUCCGUAUUGUUCCCUCUCUUGUUAUUACCCUAAAGGCCAUUGAGGAAAUCAAACCUGAGGACAUAAAGGAACACCACUUCAUCAAACGUCCAAUGCUGGUCAACGCGCCGAGGUAUCGUCCCACUGGGCGACCUCAUUCCCGUCCGGAGAGACGGAAUAAAUCAUCGAAGGCUCCUGUCACAACGGCAGUGAAGGCAGCAGCUGUUGAUUCCACCACUGAGGACGACUCUGGAGUGAAGAAAGAGAAGCGCCGUGAUAGACGCCGUAGAAAUUACAGAGGGAGGAUAGAGCAAGGUACAAAAAAGGUCGUUCCUGAAGCCCCGCUAGUCGGUGCGUAGACGUUUUUAUUGAGUUUCUCGUUCGGUGUAGAUCAAGAGUAUCUAAUAGUUAUUUUUCACUUUGUCCGAGAUUGAUUUAAUGGUGCUUAUGUGUGCAGCUGGGUAGUAGUAGUAGGUGCCAGUUGGUCGCUAUGGUUCUAGUGGUGAUUUCGAAUCAAUUGUCGCAGUCGAAGACGUGUGUUGUAGAAGAGU